AUGGCUUCCAAACCAGAUUUCAUCAUUGUACCUGGGGCAUGGCAUAGUCCCGAGUCAUUCAAGCCCACCUCCGACCUCCUCGAGAAAGCCGGCUACACAAUCCAUGGUGUCACUCACGCAUCUUUUGGAGCCUCACCGCCGCUCCAAAACUUCGAUCCCGAUGUACAAGUCAUUCGCGAUGUCGUCAACAAGGUGCUUUCCUCCGGCAAAGACGUUGUCAUGGUCUACCACUCCUAUGGCAGUGUCCCAGGCUCCGAAGCCCUCGUCGAAUACAUGAAAGACCUUGAGACUGGAAACAAGAAGGAUGGAUGGGGCAAGAUCCAGAGAUUGGUGUUCUGCUGCUCCUUCAUCUUGCCAGAGGGAGGAAGCUUGAUGUCUCGUCUGCAGUUCAAAGAUCUGCCUUGGUUCAUCGUUAACGGAGAUGAAAUCCUCCCAGACACACCUGGGGAAAUCUUCUACAACGAUCUCUCAGCCUCAGCAGCAGCACCCUAUAUAGCAGCUCUUAAACCGCAUUCUUACAAAACAUUCUCGUCUCAGCCAUCCGUCGCACCGUGGAAAGUUAUUCCGAGCACGUACAUCGUGUGCGAGAACGACCUGGCGAUUCCGCUCCCAGCACAGGAGGGUAUGUUGGAGAUGGCGCACCAGAUGGCGCCGACGUCAUUCGAUGUGAUUGAGCGCUGCAGCGCUAGUCACAGCCCGUUCAUCAGCCAGCCCGAGUGGCUUUCCGAGAAAUUGAUUAAGGCUGCUGGUGGUGGGGGUUGA